AUGAAUUCGAUAUUUUUCUCCUCUGACAGAAGAUCGAAUCCUGGGAAGACUUUUUGGACGCCAUUCAAUGGCACGCAUAUCCCAGACCUAGCCCAAAACCUCAUCUUUGCAGGGUCUUUAUUCGUCAUGAACUCCUCAGGGCAGCUUAAGAAGCGGCGUUUUAUUUUAACCAAUUCAGGACUUUAUUAUUGUUCUAAUGCCAAAAGUCCACCAAAGAAAAUGUGUAUAAUUAGUUGGAAAACAUUAACAAUUUUUACAGAGGAGAAUGAAUCCAGGCCAAGGCUUGGAUUUUCACUUUCCUCCGGGAAAAUUAGCAAAGAUUUUUAUCCAGUAACGUCGGUCAAGCUUCAGAAGUGGGUAAGAUAUCUAUCAACCGUUGCAAUUGCAACUAGAUUGCAGGAUUAUUAUAUAUUAUUUAUUAUAAAUUUGUAUCUUUUACUUUAUUUGAAAAUAAUAAUGAUAUCAGCCAAAUCAGGAUUUAAUCAGUGUUAUUAAUAUACAAUAAUUCAAGAAGCCGGAAAAGGGUCUACUGCUACAGUUUUUCUUGCUUUGGAUAGAGAAACUCAGCAAAAAUUUGCAGUAAAAUCAGUUUCAAAAGAUAAUUUAUUAGCAAAUAAAAGAGCCUUGCCUGCUUUGAUAAAUGAAAUUGAGAUCAUGAGAGUCUUGUCUCAUCCAAGACUAGUAAAACUACAUAAAAUUUAUGAAGACGAUGAGUGUGUUCAUCUGAUAUUGGAUUACAUGGAAAAUGGGGAUUUAUUUGGUAGAGUAACAAGAAGAGGCUGCUUCCCUGAAGAAACUGCUUUGCAGUUUAUCAAAAAUUUACUUGAAGUCCUCGAAUAUGUUCAUUCAAAAAACAUUAUUCACCGAGACUUAAAACCUGAAAAUAUUUUAAUGAUGGAUAAAGAAAAUGACACUGAAUUUAAAAUCGCCGAUUUUGGCUUAGCCACUUUAUCAAGCAAAGAUCUAACUUUAAGGUGUGGCUCCCCAGGAUAUGCAGCUCCAGAAUUAUUAUGGAAAAAUCCAUAUGGUGUUAAAGUUGAUAUUUUUAGCAUUGGGGUAAUAUUAUAUGUGAUACUUACCGGGAGAGCUGCGUUUUAUGGGAGAAAUGUGCAGGAAGUGCUGCUAAAUAAUAGAGACUGCAAUAUAAAUUUCUAUGAAAAACAUUGGAAAAAUAUUUCAGUUGAAGCUAUGAAUAUGGUUGUAAAAUUGACUGAAAAAGACCCUAAUUUAAGAUAUUCGGCAAGUGAAGCUUUAGCUCAUCCUUGAUUCUUGAAGAAAGAAGCCAAAAAAAGAACUCUUAAGCGUGCCUCGUCGAAUUUUGUAGACCCAAAUCUAAAUUACAGUCCUCCAUAUGGGCAUCCUAACACUCCAAAUUUCAAUAAUUUGAGCCCACCUUAUGGAUCGCCUAUUACCUUAAAACAAAGACUAAUUUUAGGCAGAAAAAAUGUAACAAAGCCAAUUAAUAUAGAUGCGGCUAAAGAAGACAGUCCUAGAAGGGUCUAUAAAAAUCGAAAUUUGUUGAUCAACUUAAGAAAACUGGAUCCAGUUGAUUCAAGAAAAUAA